AUCCUACUAGGUUAUGCCUGCUCAAUUUUGUACUUCCAAUGUUGAUUUUGUUAAAAUAUGCAGGUGGAGAUUAAGACCCGUGAAUUUUUUCAAGGCUAUAUGGAAGGUAGAACAUACUAUAACUUUUGGACUGAGAUGCUUAAACUAAAGGACUGGCCCCCCUCUAACAAGUUCGAGGAUUUUUUGCCCCAUCAUUGUGAUGAAUUUAUCCGUGCAUUGCCAUUUCAAGAGUACACAGAUCCUAGGUCAGGCCUCCUUAACUUAGCUGUCAAGUUGCCUCCUGCUGUGUUGAAACCAGACCUGGGUCCAAAAACAUAUAUCGGAUAUGGGCUCGCAAAGGAGCUUGGAAGAGGGGACUCUGUAACUAAGCUUCAUUGUGAUAUGUCAGAUGCGGUGAAUAUUUUGACACAUACAGCAGAAGUAGUGUUGAGUGACAAGCAGCGCUCAGCAAUUGCAACCUUAAAAGAAAGGCAUAGGGCCCAAGAUUGGAAGGAGCGUCUAGAUCGAGAGGAGUUAAGUUGUCCAACUGAAAAACUUGUUCAUAGCAACGGUGAGGACAUGGAGGUCCUAGAAAUUGCAGAUAUGAGCAAGCAUCCAUCUGUUUUUGAUGGUAAAAUUGAGAUGUCAAAAAGUGACAUAGAAGGGGCUACUUGUCCUGGUUUCUCCACAGAACAAGAAACAGAAGAAACAGGCAGUGCUUUAUGGGACAUUUUUCGGAGGGAAGAUGUUCCUCAAUUAGAGCAAUAUCUUAGAAACCAUGCAAACGAAUUUAGGCACACCUAUUGUUCACCUGUUGAACAGGUUGUCCACCCAAUUCAUGACCAAUCCUUUUAUUUAACUUUGGAGCACAAAAGGAAGCUAAAGGAAGAAUUUGGUGUUGAACCGUGGACCUUUGUGCAAAGGCUUGGGGAAGCAGUAUUUAUACCUGCUGGAUGCCCGCACCAAGUUAGGAAUCUCAAGGUGGGGAUUCAAUCACAUGCAGUGGAUAUUAGUGCAGCUACUUGA